AUGCGGGUCGUUUGGGUGUACAUUUUGGUGCUGGUCAAUGCAUUUCAUGCCGUUCUUGCUUUGAGGGUAGGUUUUUAACGAUGUAUCCGAUACUAUGGUUUCUCCCCUGAACCCUUCAGUGACCACGGCGUGUAUAAAAACAAAGCUUUAGCCUUUAGUUCGAAGUUCAAGAAAGGUUUAGGGAAAGCCGAUCAACAUUUUUGGGCCGGAAAACGGUGGCGGUGAUAUUAUGCAUUUAAGGAGACCCAGAUCGGCAGAUGGCACUAAUAAGUUAAGGUUGAAACGAUUUAUUCGAAACGUAAUUCGGAUGAAGCUGGUUCAGAAGCGCUAUGAGAAACGUCAUCAAACCAGAAUCCUCACUACGAUGGAGCAAAAUGACGGACGAUGAUGGCAAUUUUCUCAUCCCUUAUGUCAUUACUGGUCUUUAUGGUAUGUUCUCUCAGAAUUAAAGGUUCAUUAUGGAAAUUUAAUAGGGAGAUAUCCCAAAAAAUUUCUUCAAAAAAAAAAAAUUUUAUCGGCUGAGGUUUGAACCCGUGUCUUUUUGGACACAAGUCAGAAUUUCGCACCCCCGAGCAAAUUGGUUUGUCCUAGAUCAACUGGAACUGAGCGUGAUCCAACAGGCGAUUCAACGAAUAAAUGAGAAUACUUGCGUCCGUUACGUUCCUCGCAACAAUGAGCGUGACUUUAUCGAUAUUCGAAACCAAAGAGGCGAAGGGUGGGUUUCACUAGAAAUGUUUGUUACUUAGUUCACCAUUUUUGCCUAAUUCGAACAGUCAGAAUCGCGCUCGGAAUGGCUCAGAGCGUCGCAUUCGUGUAGCAGUUGGAAAUAAACUUUGAAUUUCGCGUCGAGCCAUUCCAAAUGCGUCAAAAAGAAAUUUGUGACGUCAUAAACUCGUUUGAAGAAAAUAUGAACCUUGUUACUGAUGCCUUUUGCGACAGGAGAUAUAGUUCGUUCUCCUUUAUUUCAAACUUUCUGCCUGUCUGCGUCUCUUUGUUCCCUCACCGGCGAGGUCAGAGAAACAGUAAAAUAGCACGUAAAUCUGAGAGCGUUUCCGAGAGACAUAGAGAGCAGAGAAAUACAUGCCGUUUCAACUAAUGGCGAACGGACUAUAAACUAUAGAUGAAAAAGUCUUUUUUGGAGAUGAACAUCGGUUAUGGAUUCAUUGAAUAAAAAUGAAAAUUCCCUCAAAUUUUACAUUCCCAGAUGCUACGCCAGCGUAGGCCGGUACAACAAGGGCGCCAAUGUCUUGAUGCUAGAAGCCAACGACUACGCGACGUUUGUUUUGUUUCUAAACAUUUCUACGACCUGCCCAUGCGCAGAUGCAUCCGACCUUAUACGGUUUUGCACGAGAUGCUGCACACACUUGGUCUUUGGCACGAGCAUAUGAGAACUGAUCGGGACCGCUACAUCGACGUUUUGUAUGGCAACAUUGAAGCAAGUAGGAUUGAAGCUCAAUCUUUAAAAGUUAGCUUCAUCAGAGCCUGGCGUUUUUAGACCUUAUUACUUCAUGUAGACUUUCAUGGCUAGCUUGGGACGGUGAGGGGGCGUGACCUGUCUGUGCUCUCCACCAACCAGGCACUUUUUCUUUAUCUGGUUAGAACCAUUUUUCCGAUGGCUAAAGCCAGCCGCGAACCAGCGCGAAUCUAAAAGAACAUAGCAAAAAACAAUUCUCGGAAUCUCCGAAUACCGUGAUGAAUAGCUAUACCUUCGAAUCAACAUUUCCAGUCUACUACGAGCAGUUCACGAAGCUCAGCGAAGGUGACACAACGACAUUUGGGAUACCGUAUGACUACACCUCAAUCAUGCAUUAUGAUGAGACGGCUUUCGCCAAGAAGGGACUGAUUAGCAUGCGGACCAAAAAUCCUCUUUAUCAGGUCCGUUAUAAUUAUUACUACUGAUAAUGACCUAUUAAUAAUUAUAAUUCCAUUCCUUCAUUAAUGACGUCACUUCUCUAACACUCUCUCCUCCAUAUAAUUGCAGAAGCGAAUCGGAAGGGUCACAGAAGCUUCUGAGAACGACUACAACAAGAUCUGCCUGCUCUACGGCUGUCAUACGUGUAUGAAAAAGGUAAUUUUCAUUCAAGUGCGUGAAAAUAGCCGUCUAAAUGAGAAUUUGCGGCCUACGGCUGAGUUUUUGGGAAAUUAUGUGAAAGCGGAUAGAUUUGAAAAAAAAAAAACGGUCUGUGGAACUUGAAGUUGAAGAUUAAAUUCAACAACCUUUCCAUUUAUGAGAAGAAGGCGCAGGACCUAGAAGUUUAACGACGGCUACUUUUCCCACAACUUUUGAAAGUCGAGUUCCUCGACAGAGUUUUAAAAAUAAUCUUACUAUUAGACAAAAAAAUCUAAAAAAAGAAACUUUCAAAAUGAAGUUUUUUUAUCCUCGGUCUCCUUAUUUAUCAGUGGAGCAUACACGUACUAAAUUUUUCACGGCUUUAUUCGUUUAUUCGUUUAAUUUUCCAGCCUUUCAACAGCGCGGCUUUUGUUCCGAAACCUGUGGAAGCUGUGACUAUGGCUCUGCCUAAAGGUGAGUAAAUAUGACGUCAUUAGUUGCUUAAAUGAUGUCAUACUAUCGUGAAAAAAAGAAGUUAGUAAAGAAAGUAAUUUUUUUGAGACCGAGACGAAAAAAAUUUUUUUCAAUAAAUUUCGAGACGAAAUCGAGAAAAAAAUUAAAUAACUGUUUGUGGCUGAAAAAGAACAUGAAAAACGCCGAAAAAAGCAAAAUGUAUCGUAAUUCUAUUGAGCAGAUAGAAAAGAAACGGAGAACGACAAAAAUUCUAGACGAAACAACAAAAAAAAAUUUGCAAAAAAACGAAACUUCAAAUUUCAGAUCUUUUUUUGAAAAAAAUUGUUGUGUUCGAUCAUUUUGUCCGUUUAUCCGUCAAAUCUCGAAUUAAUUUGCUCUUGAUACAUCGAGACCGUCACAGUUUACGCUAAACCUUGUUCUUAUUAUGCAUUGUUUCUAUUUCGGAAUCUCUCAAAAUUUCGAAAAGUUUCGAGACGUAAAGUUAAAAAAAAAAUUUAAAUGGUGAAAUUUUCGGACAAGAAUUAUUGGACAGCCCGGUAUCUCGAGACGAGUCUCGUCUCGUAAAAUUUCUCGAAAGUUUGAUUGAGUCUCGUUCGAUCCUACUCGCGUUGCGGCAGCUCUGCGGUCAAAACUCGCCGGACUCAAAGCAACAGAAAGCACUAAAUAAAGCCGCAACGCGACCGCGACCCUUUGGGUCAUUCCAAAUGCGAUCAAGUCCUUCGAACCGCUAUAGCUUUACUUCAAGAAGAAAACAUUACAUUUUAAGACUGCCAGGAUAGCAACGGAAUGUGCGACGUUCUGAAAACCAGAGGAAUUCUCAACUGCGGAUGGAUGUCGUACUAUUGCUGCGCUUCUUGUAACAAUAUUUAUCAGGUUUUUGUGUUUUACCUUUGUUUUUAUCAUGCCCCAUAACCAACCGAAAAAUUCAAUUUUCAGGUCCCAAAAGUCUCAAAUCCACCAGUGACACCAGUUCCGACUUCGGCGCCAAAAUCCUUCUUCGAGAACGCCUGGGACUCGGUCAAGUCCAUUUUUGGUUAA